AUGGUGACCAAGAAGAAAGUUAGUGAUGAAUGUAAACGUAAACUUUCUGUUAGUGAUAUAAAUGAACUAUCUAUUUUUCCAAUAAAUAUUGAUUAUGGAAAUAUUUGUCCAAAUGUGGAAUCAACAAAAUUUAUUACAAUAAAAAAUCCAUUAAAUCAAUGUAUUUCAAUAAAAUUGGAUAUAAUUCUUGAAGAAUUGAAGCCAACUACCAUAAGAAAUUAUAUAGUUCAACCAAAAUCAACACUUGAAAUACCAAUUACAAUAAAAAUUACAAAAGUGUCUAACUUUCAAUGCAAUUUGAGUUUCUUAUUAAAUGAUCAACAUAAAAGUAACCUGGUUAUAUGUGCAACAGUUGUACCAAUUCAACUGAAUCUUACACCGUCUACCGUCGAAAUCACUUCUGCUAAUCUAUCAUAUGGUUUAAUUAGAACAACUGGCAUGUCUGGAUAUGUUACGUUGCACAAUCCGUUACAUGCCUCCGCAAGAUUUUGUUGGCAAACAUUAGGUGAUCAAAAUCCUUUUACAAUAUGCCCAAAAAAAGGUGUAGUAGAACCAUUUUCUUCAUUAAAUUGUGAAAUUGUUUAUUAUCCAAAUAUUAACACUAUAAUGGAAGGCAAAUUUCAUUUAAAUUUACUAGAUCAAAAUGAUGAUCAAUUAAAUACAUUGUCUACAACAAUAAAUAAAUUUGAUGUUAAUCACAAAGUAUUGGAAUUAUCAUGUAUUGCAAAAUUAUUACCUAGUAAAUUAUCGUUUUCUACACGUCGACUACCACUUGGAUCAGUAGCCCAUGGUCUACCUUAUACACGUCAGAUAACUAUAUUUAAUUUAGGACAAAAUCCUAUUCUAUUUUACAUUAACCAAGAAUUCAAAAGUGCCGUAAAUCAUAACGGUAGUAUUCCAUCUUAUAUGCAUAGAUUAUCAAGAGCAUUACCAGCAAGAGUUGAAAUUCAAGUUAGUCCGAUAGAAGGGGAAAUCCCAGUUGGUGGUGAGACAACUUUAAAGGUCACCUGUAUACCAAUUGGAUUGGGUAAAUUUGAAUCAUCUAUAACAUUAAGUACAUAUGAUCGUCAGGAUUUUAAUUUAUCCGUAUGUGGAACUGUACUUAAACCACAAAUUCAGUUAAUUCCAAACACUUUCGAAUUUGGUGGUGUCAGAAUUGGUUCAAUGAAAUCUCUUCCAUUUGAGAUUACCAAUAAUGGUAUUACACGUGUGUUAAUAGAAAUACAAUUGAAAAAUUUCGAUGAAUUUCAAAUUACCGAUCAUAUAAAUUCCCUUUCAUUAGAUGGAUAUAUGAAUGAACAAAUUUAUACUAAUAAUAGAAAUAAUUCAACUAGAAAUAAAUUUAUUUCUUCAUAUUCAGAAGAAUUAGAAAAGAUAUCUAUAAAUACUGUCAAAGUGCCUCAUUCAUCCAGUUAUCUGGAAUACGAUAAAUCAACCUGUCUUUAUCAUAUUCAUAUACCACCUCAAAGUAAAUGGAUUGGUUAUCUAGUCUAUAAACCUAAAGAUGUAUCAUUUCAUGACUUUGUGCUUCCACUACUUAUAAAUAAACUUAAUCCAAAACUUCUAAGUCAAAAAUCAGAUGAUAUCAAUAAUAUUAAUGUUAAUACUGAAGAAGAAACAAUAAUUGAUGGUGAAACUGAUUUAAAAAUGUCUAGUCAAGAUUAUGAACCUAGAGUUAUAGCUACAGCAUUAAGACAACCUAUUACAAUUGAACCAAAAAAUGGUAUACUCAAAUUUAUUGCUACAUUAAAUGAUAAUGUUUCAGAACCGACAAAUGUUUUAUAUCAACAUCUCUGCAUAAAGUCACUAACCAAUUUACCAAUGAAAUGGCAUUUAGUCAUGCAUAAAAUUCAACGUUUCAAUAAACAUGCUCAUGGAAAAUUGACGAUACUCAAUGCACAAGGUAUAGAACUACUGCCUGAUUUAGAUGGUUACAUUAAUGGAGAUUUUACAGAAAAUGAUGAUAGAACAAUUCAUCUUGAAAUUAGAUUAUGUUCAAAUAAACCAGGAUCUUUUAAGUUAGAACUGCCAGUUUGUUUAACAUUUCCUGAAGAUUUAAACAGUGAACAAAGUCCAAAAUCUAGUUCUUCACUUUAUAAAACACUUCAAAUUCAUAUUGAGUUAAGUAAGUUGGAAUUGAAAUUUGAACCCGAAAGAAUAUUGAUACCACCUAUUCCCACUGGAAUAAAUGUUAGAAUACCAGUCAAACUGACAGCUUAUCAAAUAAAUCAACCAAUUCAAAUAUUUGGAUUUUGGAAUUUUUCACCAAUAUGUGAAGCUCAAUCAAUUAGCGAAGAAAAUAUUCAAUGUCCAUUUGAUAUUGAAUAUCCAGAAGGUCAAAUUCUAAAACCAAAUUAUAACUCAUCAGUUUCUGAUACAGGAAGUUUAAAUUUAUGUGUUAAUUUUAACUGUAAAUUAAAUGGUCUUGUUCUUGCACCCAAUCCAAGACCAUUAUGUUUAAUCAUAAUUGCGAGCAUCAAUAAUUGUGAUAAUACUGAAGUAUGUUAUUCAUCAAGUAAAAGUUCAAGAGAUCAAUUUUUAUCAUCACAUAUUUGUUCAGCUGCCCUACCUGUUAGUGCAGCUGUUGAUAAUUGUCUGAUCAGUUGGUUUGAUUAUAUAACACGUCGACCGAAUGAGUUUAGACUAACUGAUUAUCAAUAUCUUAGAAAUAAAUUGAACGAAAUAAAACUGAAUCAUAACCUAAACAUUAUUUCACUAUAUCGCUUGUUUGAUGAAUUAAAACUUUCACAGAAAGAAUGCUUAAACUUAGAGAAUAUGUCUUCUGAUCAAAAUUCUUCAGUAGGAAGUAAUACACAUUGGAACACCGAUCAAAAUUGUUUAAACGGUAUUAGAAAUGCACGAAAUAACAUUUUUGAUAUUUCAGAAAGUCCAUUUAUUCAUGAAGAUCACUCAAAAGACUUUGAAGAUAACAAUGAGAUGAGAUUAUCUCCAUCUACAAUUUCUUCAACAAUAACAAAUUCUUAUGAAUCAUGUUCAUUUCUACCAGACUGGCAAUUAAUUGAUCGAACAGCAACAGAGCAAGUACAACGUUGGCUGAGUGUUCAUGGAUUUCAAAAGAGUCGUUAUCAAUUUAAGUUUCCAGAUGAUUUUAGAAAUUGUAUAUCAUUGACAACUACAAUAUUGAAUAAAUCAUUAUUAGGUGAAAAACAAAAAUCCUAUACUAUAUCUCAACAGAAUACAACAAUAAAAGAAUCUAGUCAAACUAAUAUGAAACAUGAACUAAACAAUAUUAAAUUGAAUAUUGAUAAUAUAAAUGAAACAGUACCAUGUAGCAUUAAUCCAUUGUAUAAUUGUUUAUUACAUCUUUGUGGUAAUAAACAACCACCUGGUCUAUUACCUACAAUUAAUUUACCAAUAAAUAAUCCUUAUGAAGCUUUAUCAAUUGUUUAUUUUUAUUGUUCUUCAUUGUUAACAUUUGCAAGAAGUCAAGGCAGUUGUCUACCUCAUAUCUUACCAGAACAUUUAAUGGAACCGAAUGAUUAUCAUUUAUGGCAUAAAUAUGGAUGUCCAGGUUUAACAGAAUCUGCACGUACAGUGUAUAUAUCAUUAUCUCAAAAAAACAAUAUCAUAACAGUAACAGAUUGGAUAAAAUCACAAAAAAUUAAAAAUGAUAAUCAAUCAAAUGAUGAUUUAAUAAAAAUUGAUAUAAGUCCAUUAAGUGAAUCUGAACUAGAUCGAUUUUUAAUAAUAUCUGAAAGAGCUUGGACAGAUUUAAUAAUACAACUUAUUAAAUGUUUUCUAUUUAAUCAUAUAACCAUCAAUUCACUGGAUACUAUUAACUUACCACCAAAAGAUCUUUUAUUACAUAAAACAAAUGAAUUGUUGUCAUCAACGCCAACAGUUUCACAACAAUCUUCAUCACAAAAUGAAUCAAAUAAAUCGGAUCGAUUAAUAAAACAUACAGUUCGGUUAUCAGAUCAAAGAGACAAUGUACAGAGAACAAGAUUAACCAAUUCCAAUGAAAUUCAAGUGAACAGCUGUUACUCAUCAUGUGAAUGUAUCUUAUUGGCCUGGUUAAAUUAUUGUUAUCAUCAGUAUGCAUGUCAAUAUGGCCUGAAAAGAAAUCCGUAUUUACAAUAA